CACGUUCCUAAAAAAAUUACGUCAAUUACAUAAUGUGAUGUAACAUGCAAAACAUAUGACAGAUCGCUCUCACAGAUUAUGUUCCAAAUCGCACUCAAAUUUUCACCCUAUUGUUGUUCGGACGUGGGAAGACCCCGUGACGAGGCCCAACAAUGGCAAAGUUCACCGAGACAUAACAAGGAAAGUCUAUAAGAAUACUGGAGUUCGUUACAAUUUCGUUAUACGUAACAUUCGACCCAUUCUUGUCGGUGGUGUUUGCAAAAAUCUGUGCAAAUUUUGAAAUGUUUUGAAAAAUGUCUGCGUCACUGCCUGUUACCUUUGUUUUCUUAGUUCUUACUUUAGUCGAAGUUAUACCUAUUCAGUUGCAAGAAGGUGAAAAGUUGCAAGAAAAUAUUGUUGAAAAUGCGGAAACAAAUGACUGUGUCAGUGUUCAACGAAGUACGGAAGUUGGGGUUUGCUUUGGCAAAGAGGUGCUUAAAAACUUAGACAAAUAUGAUGAAGCGGAAUCGUUUAGUUUGGCUAAUGGGAUAUCGUUCGUCAGAGAUGACAAAACACCAAGGCAUUUUGGAAGCUUUCUUGACAAAGAUCCAAUGGAUUUCCGUUCUAUGAUGGAAGAUGCAAGCAACUUAAUUUCAAAGAGGUCGCUGCAUUGGGACCUCAGUGGUCUUUACCCCGGUCUCGUGAUGCGAAUCGGUCCCACGUUAGCUAAUGGAAUACUAGAAUUUGUGAUGGACCCAAGGGUGAAGGAUCGGGCAUAUCAUCAUCAGCAGCAUGGCGAAAUGUCUACAGGACGACUGCUGGCUAGGAAUUUGCUUGUACCAUUUCUCCUCGGCUUCAAGUUUCAAUUAUCAACCCUACUACCAUUAUUACUUGGUCUACUUUUGAUCGCCAGCAAAAAAGCGUUUUUCUUGGCCAAAAUAGCACUGUUAGCGGUUACAGUGUUUAGCGGAGGAUCAGGUUGGGGCCAUGGGCAUGGGUCUGGAUAUGGAGACUAUUCAAGUUCGCCUUUAUCGUCAUAUACUUCUUAUGACAGUCCCGGAUAUCUACAUGGGCACCAUGGAUCAGGGGGUUCAGGAGGAGGAUACUACCAUAGACAUCCUCACCAUUCGGAAUACUAUUUCAAGUCUGCAGAACAGUCAACCGCUUCUCCUAUUACACCCGAUGAACUAAAAGAUAGACUAGAAAGACUAUUUAUCACGAAGAAAGAUGAAGACCCUGAUAGAGAAGCAACCAAGGUUAGAAACGCAAGAAAUUUCGCUUGGACACCUAUCAACAUGGGAUAGCGA